CUCACUACAGACAAAGAUCGAAUCCGCUUUUUCGACGAUACUAUUCGGAAAUGGCUUCGACCGUCAACAAAACCGCACAUUCCUUCGAUAAAACGAGGUUUGAAGCGUUACUCAACCGUCGCUUUUUCUACGCACCAGCAUUCGAAAUCUAUGGAGGUGUUGCUGGUCUCUACGACUACGGUCCACCAGGCUCAGCAUUGCAGGCCAACAUCAUCUCAGAAUGGAGAAAACACUUCAUCAUCGAGGAGGGAAUGCUCGAAGUCGAUACCACGAUCAUGACUCCCUCUGCCGUCUUCGAGACUUCUGGUCACGUCGCUCGAUUUGCCGACUGGAUGGUGAAGGAUGUCAAGACUGGAGACGUCCUCCGUGGCGACCACCUCGUAAAAAACGUCCUUGAAGCCCGCCUCGCUGGCGAUAGAGAAGCUCGCGGUCUAGAAGCUGCUCCAGUCGCUGAGGACCCCAAGAAGAAGAAGAAAAAGGCUGCAAAGGCAACUGCAGUGAAGCUGGAUGACGCUGUCGUGCAGGAAUACGAAACCAUCCUCGCCCAACUCGACAACUACGGCGGCCCCGAACUCGGUGAACUGUGCAGGAAACACGAUAUCCGCAACCCCGAUACCGACAACGAAGUCGGCGAACCUCAGCAGUUCAACCUCAUGUUCCAAAGCAGCAUCGGUCCCACCGGCCAGCACAAGGGCUACCUCCGCCCCGAAACCGCUCAAGGUCACUUCCUCAACUUCAACCGUCUCCUCGAAUACAACAACGGUCGCGUCCCCUUCGCUUCUGCUCAAGUCGGCCGCUCCUUCCGCAAUGAAAUCUCUCCUCGAGCCGGCCUCCUCCGCGUCCGCGAGUUCACCAUGGCCGAAGUCGAGCACUACGUCGACCCAGACGAUAAGAGCCACCCUUCCUUCAAGGACGUCCGACACGUCGAAAUCGUGGCCCUUGACAAGCACACCCAAGAAGCAGGCAGCUCCGAAACCAAAAAGAUCACCGUCGGCGAAGCCGUCGACAAGGGUAUCAUCGCCAACGAGACCCUCGGCUACUUCAUCGCACGGAUAUACCAAUACCUCAUCAACAUCGGUAUCGACCCUGCCCGCCUGCGAUUCCGCCAGCACAUGGGCAACGAGAUGGCUCACUACGCAACGGACUGCUGGGACGCCGAAAUCCAGAACAGCUAUGGUUGGACCGAGUGUGUUGGGUGUGCUGAUCGUGCUGCAUACGACUUGUCCGUCCACAGCAACAAGACUGGCACUCCUUUGAUUGUCAGACAGGCUUUGAAGGAGCCUAUCGUUACCGAGAAGGAGGUUCCCGAGUGGAACAAGAAGGUCAUGGGCAAGACCUUCAAGGGCGACGCCGGUAUCCUCCAAAAGCACAUCGACUCGUUGGAUGAAGCUGCAUUGAUCAAACUGAAGGGUGAACUCGCUCAAGGCUCUGCCGUUGUUAAGACCGAGGAGGGCAAAGAAUUCACCCUGACCCCCGAAGUCCUCACCAUCGAGCGCAAGACCUUUAAGCAAUCUAUCCGUGAAUUCGUCCCCAACGUCAUUGAGCCCUCGUUCGGCUUGGGCCGCAUCCUCUAUUGCUUGCUCGAGCACAGCUUCUGGGCCCGUGAGCAAGACAUUGAGCGCGGUGUUCUCUCCCUCCCACCACUCGUUGCACCAACCAAGGUGCUCAUCGUCCCUCUGAGCGCACGCGAAGAGUUCGAUCCUCUAGUCCAGGAAAUCACCGCUAAACUGCGCAAAGCCGGUGUCUUCUCCCGCGUCGACGACUCCAACACCUCCAUCGGCAAGCGAUACGCACGAAACGACGAGUUGGGCACACCAUACGGUCUUACGAUCGACUUUGCUUCCGUCCAAAACCGCACCGUCACCAUUCGUGAACGAGAUACCAUGGACCAACGCAUCGGCAAGAUCGAUGAGGUCGUCGCAACCGUUACGGACCUCGUCAACGGCAACAUCGACUGGGCACAGGCUUGCGAACGUCUGCCCAAGUACGAUGGUGUGCAAGCUGUUGAGUAGACAUUGGACGCGAGAUAGAAAGAUAAAAGAAGGAAAAGGCAGGCAGAAUCGUAGUAUACACUUGGAGUAUGGCAGAUAUCUUAUACCGUGGUACAUUAGAAUUGGAUUUUUGGAUUCCUGCAUACA